AUGGAUCUUGAAACGGCCUACCAAAUGGCCUUCCUCGCAACCAUAAAUGAUACUGAGUUUUGGGACAAGCAAAAGCAGAUAACACCAUGGGUUUUAGGUGAAGCUCGAGAAAGACUGAAACAAAGCCUUCUGGCAGCUCAGAGAUCUUGGCUGCAAGCAAGAAGAAUCAAUCCAGACACGUUUAAGGAACGAAGUUAUUAUGAGUUUAAGUUUAGUAAGAGUAGCAGUGAUGAAACCUUCCUUUGGAAAUGCUCUGGAGCUGUUCAACUUUGGGGUCAUUCACCCCAAGUUUUCAAUUCCUCAAGUGCUGGUUAUCCUGUCAAGGGAAGACUGAGCGGUCUCGGACACCGCGGGAGACAGACACCUCCAGAGCUGCAUGAUCCUGGUCAGACCCAGCAGGUGUUCCACUCCGGAGCUGAACACAUAUACCACCCUGAAUGCAUGCAAUAUUGUCACGUACUGUACUUGGACACAGUGGUACAAACGGGGAAGGCAGGGAGUAGGUCUCCAUACACUUGCCAGACAUGGCAUAUAACAUGUUCGGCCUUCAAUGUUUGGUCACCUCCGGAGGUGCAUGGUGCUUGUGGGGACCGGACAUUGUAG